UCACCUUGCUCCAUCCCUCCCCUUACCUUCACAGAGGGAUCACGUUCGGCCCAGGAUAGAUCUGAUUGUGUUUAUGAUUGACAUCAAGAGCAAAUACAGCUUGAAGAAUGUCGAAGCUUCCCUAGCUCAUGUGGAUGCCAGCUUCUUCCUGGGGAAAGUAUGCUUUCUUGUCACUGGGGUUGGCAGGGUGAAUUACUGCGGUGUAGAGAUGAACGCCAUCUGGAAACUGGGAGAAGUCUACUGCAGUCCUGUGCUGUGCUGUGAGCUGGAG